AUGUCUUCCACCAUCGCCCGUUCGGCCUUCCGCGCCGCCCCGCGUGUCGUCCGCCCGACGCCCGCUUUCCGACGAUGGGCCAGCGCUGCCGCUGAGGGCGAGAGACAGGCCGGCAAGGAUGCCCUCAAGACAGGAGCAAAGCGCGACCCGGAGCUCUACGUGCUCUUUGCUAUCAUGAGCGGCGUUUUCGGUCUUGCAGGAUGGCACUUUUCCCGCUCUCCCACCAGCGCCUCGUCGGAACGAGCCGUCGCCAAGGCCUCAAACAGUGAGCCCUGGAAGCAGGAUGGCGGAGCAGGCCCCUACCAGUACCACCCUGGAGGUGACACCAGCGUCAAGAAGGAUGCGCCUUCUGCUCUUAACGUCGUUGUCAUCCCCAAUGUCACUCUCCCCAAGGAGCUCCACGACACAUACAACAAGUGGGGCAAGGAUGGCUACUAA